CAGCAACCCAGUCCGGUGGUCGUGUGGCUCUGACCUGUAAGCUGUCGGACAUGUCGGGACACCGGGUGCAGUUCGCAGACCUUCCUCCGAGUGAUCACAAAGGAAGUCCCAAAUUUCACAAGCAAACCAAAAGCAACCUGAAGGUAACCUCCCCAGAGGACGCAGAGCACAUAAGUCGCAGACAGGCCUCCCCAAAUGGGACAGCUGCUUUGAGAGGAGACACCAAAGGCAGCCGAACUGUCCCCCGAAGGCACACCUUAGGGGGAGCCCGCAGUUCCCGAGAGAUCUUGGCUAUGCAGCCGCCGGACAUGGACAAGAAGAGGGAGGCCUUCCUGGAGCAUCUGAAGCAGAAAUACCCCCACCACGCCUCUGCGAUCAUGGGCCACCAGGAAAGGCUGCGGGAGCAGAGCAGAAGCCCCAAGCACGGCCCCAGCCCUCAGCCCAACAUCGGCGACCAGGUUGACCACCUCUCCCUGGCCUCACUGGACUCAUUGGACACCAUGUCAGAGGCCGACGCACCCACAGGCUUCACCCGAGGCAGCCGGGUUCGUGCCAGCCUGCCUGUGGUGCGAUCAACCAACCAGACAAAGGACCGCUCGCUAGGUGUGCUGUACCUGCAGUAUAGGGAUGAGACCAAGCAGAUCCACAUGCCCAAUGAGAUAACCAGCAUCGACACAGUCAGAGCUCUGUUUGUUAGAGCCUUCUCACCGCAGCUCACCAUGACGAUGUUUGAGUCCCCUACCGUCGCCGUCUACGUCAAAGAUGAUAUGAGGAAUAUGUACUACGAGCUUUCUGAUGUCAGGAACAUCACAGACCACUCCUGCCUGAAGGUUUACCACAAAGACCCAGCACAGGCUUUCAGCCAUGGGCCCAGACCUACCAACGGUGAUGCCAGGAUGCACAGUGACAUGGUGCAUGCUGGCCGUGAUGGUCAGCACCCUCUGAGACAGCCCCCCAUGGGUCCCCCAGCACACCAUCCCAUGCAAGGAACACUGCCCCCCUCUCCCCACUCCAUGCCCCCAUCACCCUCCAGAAUCCCAUUCGGCCCACGGCAGGGCUCUAUACCUGGCAGUGCCACCAUUCCAAGGGACCGACUGUCUAACGCCAACCCUCCUGCCCGCUCCAUCUCACCCUGUCCCAGCGCCAUCCUGGAGAGACGGGACGUCAAGCCAGAUGAGGACAUGGGUGGGAAAAGCCACAGUCUAGCCAGAGGAAAUGAGGGGUUGUAUGCAGACCCAUACCUUCUCCAAGAGGGAAGAAUAAGCAUGGCAACUGCCCAUGGACCACACCCAAACCCUGGGCUUGAUGGUCCAGAGCAUGGCAUGGGGGGAUUUCACCGUGCCUCUAUCCGCUCCACGAGCUCUUACAGCGGACCCAGCCCCACAGACUCCAUUGAUCACCCUUCCCUGUACAGACAGAAGUCCAGAAACAGCCAGUUGCCUACUUUGGGCUCCAAGACACCUCCACCAUCUCCUCACCGGAUGGCUGAGGUACGGAUGAUUGAUAUCCAUGGCGGGCCUCCCCAUGGUGGGCCGCCCCAUAGUGGGCCGCCCCAUGGUGGGCCUCCCCAUGGUGGGCCUCCUCAUGGUGGAUCUCCUCAUGGUGGGCCUCCUCAUGGUGGGCCUCCUCAUAGUAUUCCACCGCAUGGUGUUCCACCUCACGGUGUUCCCAUGGAGAGAAACUCACCUGUCCGCCAGUCCUUCAGGAAGGAGGAAGUAACAGGGACCAAGCCCCGAAACAACAUGGUAUCACCUGUGGUUUCAGAUAUCCAGGGUCACCUUCAGGGGCCUAUCCCACCUGCCAGUGACCAUCAGACACGAGAGCGAAUGAAGGCUAUGGAGCAACAGAUUGCCAGCUUGACUGGUCUUGUUCAGCAUGCACUUUUAAAGGGGCCAAACACUAGUGGCACCAAGGAGCCUCCAAGUGAGAGACCACCGAAGACAUCAUCUCCAGCCCACAGUGCACAUAGCUCAGGUGGUUCACCAGUCUUGGCUGCAAAGAAUACUGUAGCCCCAUCAGACAAGAGCUCAGUUCCUCUCAAAGUCAACCUCCUACAGUUCAGGAAGAAUGUUUCUGACCUCAGGAUGCAACUGCAUCAGAUGAGACAGCUUCAGCUCCAGAACCAGGAGGCAUUGCGAGUUCAGCUGAAGCGGGCAGAACAGGAAAUCAGUGUUAAACUUGCAGAGGCAAUGCGUCGUCUGGAGGACCCUGUCCAGAAGCAGAGGGCUUUGGUGGAAGAGGACAGGCACAAGUACUUGGGUCUGGAGGAGCGUGUCCUCACACAACUUGGUGAGCUGGAGCAGUAUGUAGGCGCUCUGCAGAAGGACUCUGCAGCGUCACACAGAGUGGUGACCCUGAAGGACGUGGAAGAGGGAGCGGUGACUCUGAGGAAAGUGGGAGAAUCACUGGCAGGACUCAAGGGAGAGUUCCCAGCCCUGCAAACCAGGAUGAGGGCUGUGCUCAGGGUGGAAGUGGAAGCCGUCAAGUUUUUGAAGGAGGAGCCCCAUAAACUGGACAGCAUGCUGAAAAGGGUCAAGGGCCUGACUGAUACACUGAGCAGUCUUAGAAGAUGUGCUACCGAGGGCCCUCAGAAAGGACCUGAUCCUGUGGCUAAUGUCCCAGUAGAUAACAGCCCUUCAACAGUAGCAUCAGAGACCCCUGCUGAAGCUCCCUCAGCAUCAGUCCAACCUGGCUCCACAGCAGACCCACUGGAACCUCAGAGCUCCACCAUCAGAUCAGAGGUGAUGCCUUCCUCACCGGUGGUCAUCCAUCAUGUCCAGAGCUCCCCGGUCCAAAUGCAGCAGUCCCAGCAGUCUGCAGCCUUGACCACUCAGCCCAGUCCUCCGCUCACCCCCAGUCCCACUCACGUUCCCAGUCCCAACCCAAGCAAGAGCCAAGGCCGGGAAUCUCCCAAGGUGGCAGACUCAAAUCCACCAAGUCCUGCCCGUCAUAAGAAGACACAUGGGAACCCAGUGAAUAAUAGCAACGGCACUGCCAACCAGGUCCUUAUCAUAGAGGAGCUGCAGAACAGUCAGGACAAAUGCAAAAACAGAGCUAUGUCCAUAGAGGCAGCAGAGAAGGAGUGGGAAGAGAGGAGGCAGAAGAUGGGUCAAUAUGACGGAAAAGAGUUUGAUAAGAUCCUCCAGGAGGCCGAGGCCAAUAUGAUGAAGGGCAUUCCCAGUCUAGAUGUGGAAGGACCCGGACUGGUCCUCGCUGCCACUGGAGAACAAGACAUCCAUAGCCCUGUUGAGUCACCAACAGAUCCCCAAAUGGAGUCUCACUCAGACAAACCAGCCAAGAAGGGGCCUGAGAAACUACCAAAGCCUGUGAUGGAGAAAGCAUCCAAACCUGUGCUGGAGAGACCCUCGAAGACUACCACCAAGCCUGUGCCCACUGACACUUUUACCAAGCAGGGGUCUGACAAGUCCAGCAAGUCCCCACCACCACCUCCUCCGAGAAAGACCUACCCCAGCUCGAGCUCAGGCAUGACAACCACACGAUCUGGCGAGGUGGUCUAUACCAGCAGAAAGGAGUCUGUAUCGGCUCAGGAGGGUGAAGAGGAGAGCCCAACUCCUACUCCUCAACCCAAGCCCACAAAGGUUCCACCAGAGACCAAACCAAAGUCUGUGACCCCUCCUCCUGACCCUGCUUCUGUUACUGGAGAAGAGGAGGAUGAAGGCGACAAGAUCAUGGCAGAGCUCCAGGUUUUCCAGAAGUGCAAAGUUAAGGAUAUAGGGGUGAAAAAUUUGGUAGAGCCCACCACUCGAAUUGAACCGCAAAUCAGAGAACUAAGACCAGGGGCUUUAUUGCCCCUCAAAGAGAAAAAGCAGAGCUCAGAGCCCAGUCGAGAGGAUAAAGAUCCAGACACAGAUGAAAACGGGAAUACUACUGUUCGACAGAGCCAAGGGGUGAUAUACUAUGUGACUGGAAAGAUCCCCAAAGAGCAUCCACCCCUGCCUGGAACAGAAGAAACCCUUGAACACCGAGAGCCCACACAGCCUCCAUCACAGGUGUCAAAUGUCAAUGUUAAUGACAAUUCUCCAAGCCAGCAGGAGCAGCAGGAGCAGCAGCCACUAUCACAGCCACCCAAAUCACCUCCACCUAUAACUCCUCCACCUAUAUCACCUAAGCCUGUCGGACUGAAGGGAUUCAAACUGCCUAAGAAGCCAGUUAAACGCUCGGAAUCCUUGAAGACCAGUGCAGAAAUGGAGAAGGGAAAUAUACUCAACAAAAUUAACACUGAAAAGAAAAGUCAAGUCACUCAGGAGCAUGUAAUACCUGUGGCAACCUCAACAGUCACUACUGUAAAAGAGGGGCCUAACAAUUCUGUUGCGCCACCAAAAAAGGCUCCUAUUGAGGACAGUGAUCUACCUAAAACUAACUGUGAGGAGGGUGAUGAAGAGGCUAGUCUCAGUCCUGACUUGCCUGGAGAAGAGGCACCUCCCCCCCCUGACAAUAUAGCCUUUAUGAUCACUAACACCAAGGUUCAGGCCCUGUCUUGUGGUGAGUACCAGGAGCUGGUCAAUGCCAAGAGGGGAAGUGUGCAGACUGUUACUGUAGGUGGUGCCCCAAACCGAGCUAACACAACAUUGGAUCCCACUGUGCCACCGGACAAUGGCUUCCACAAGAAGCCUGUCAUCAUCAUUUUUGAUGAGCCCAUGGACAUCCGUUCAGCUUACAAGCGCCUUUCCACCGUCUUUGAGUGUGAGGAGGAGCUGGAGAGGAUGCUAGCGGAAGAGCGCAUCGAUGAGGAAAGUGAGGAGUCUGACACGGAGAGGAGUGGUUGGAAGCAGGUAAAAGCCGGAGAGACCGAGGUGGUUGAUGGCAAAAAGGUCUGUUCUUCACAGGGCACCGGAGACCACACUAGCUUAUCAUCCUCAUCUUCUUCUUCAAUCUCUGAACUGACAGACAGUGGAAUGCACAUGGAGUCAAAUGGAGAAGCCAAACAGGAUGGUAAGAAGAAGUUCAAGUUUAAGUUCCCUAAGAAACAGCUAGCAGCGCUGACCCAGGCCAUCCGCACAGGCACCAAGUCAGGCAAGAAGACUUUACAGGUGGUAGUCUACGAAGAUGAGGAGGAAACUGAUGGCACCAUAAGACAGCACAAAGAAGCAAAGAGAUUUGAGAUUGUGCGUUCAAAAUCCUUAGCAGACACAUCUAAGUCAACAAGCUCAGCUCCACCGAAGAAGCAGAACCCAGAUUCCCUCGGCAGGACGGAUGAGAUCCGGAAGAAUACUUACAAGACACUGGACAGCCUAGAACAGACCAUCAAGCAGUUGGAGACUACUAUAAGUGAAAUGGGACCUUGCUCCUCUGAGGAACCAGUUUGUACAGAGGAGGCAAAAGGAGGGAAUGGGAAAAUAUCAGGAGUGGGGCUGAAGAGGUCUUCCUCUCUUCCUACCUCCAAAGGGUCUGGCCCGAAGGUACCAAGCAAAAAUUCAUUGCAGAAGAAGGCUAAACCUCAACUCCUUCCUCGACCUGUAGUCAUCCCCACCACCACCACCACUGUCCCCAGUGCCCCCAGCACCGUACAACAGAAUACCAGUGUCGCUUCCCCUACUAGUCGGAUGCCCGUCCCUUUAUCUGCGAAGUCCAGGCAGUCGCCGGGUACUACUGACAAAGCAGGAAAACAGCAAAAACUGCAGGACGCUCAGAGGCAGUUCCGACAGGCUAACGGAAGUGCUAAAAGAGUGGGAGGGGAUCAUAAAACUACUUCCCCUACUAUACCCAUCUCUAAAAUCCCUGCUUUUUAUCCUAGCUCUACUAAAGGCAGCUCCCAGUCUGCACAAAGCUCAGAUGCUACUAAUCCCAUUAACCCAGCCUCCUCUCCCUCCUCCUCCUCCUCCUCUAUUACAAAGUCCUCUAUCCUGUCCUCUCACGUUCCUCGAUCCGGUUCCCUACCCUCCUCCCACAUCCCCUCCCUGUCUAACGGAUCCCUCAAACUCCCUACACCCUCACAGCACACAGGUAAAGCUCUCUCGUUCUCCUCGCAGACUCAGAAUGGUCGAGUGCACUCCUCCUCCUCCUCUUCAUUCUCCUCCUCCUCAUCCUCCUCCUCCUCCCCCUCCCCUCUGUCGCCCACACCUUUGGGCCCAGGUGGAAAGAGCAUCCGCACCAUACACACCCCCAGCUUCACCAGCUACAAGUCCCACAACGGCAGCAGCGGCAAAUCCUGCAUCCCAACAGCCACAACAGCUAAGGACACUGCCUAGCCUCAUUAUCGCCUCUCUGGCUUUACAGCAUAGCAGGUAGACCUGGUGAUGUUUCAUUUUUUUAUAUAUAGUAUUGGUUUGUUGUUUUUAUUCUGUUUUUUUAAACUUGUUGUAAAAGUAUUAAGUGAUGCACUCCCCCCAUUCAUGUUUUAUUUGACACUGGCAUUCUCACACCAAUGCUUUUAUCUCUUUGAGUUGCUACUUGGAUUUUGAUUCUUUCUUGAAGGUGCACCAGAUGUUCUGAUAAAAUAUUUUUUAAUGGAACUAAAAAAUAAAUUUAGUUUUGCCACUUUGUAGUUGAAGUGGGAGGCUCUCAUGGUGUUGAAAAUAUAUUUUUCUUGCUGUAGCUAAGAAUAGGGAAUAUAGACUUGAUGUACAAUCACAAAGACCAUGUAAAGAUUGUGUUUUAUUUUUCAAAGCAGAGAUUGAAUAACCAUAGUAUAUUUAAUCUUCUAUAUUUCUUAUGUUGCCAGACAUUCAACACAGCCCUUGUAAAUGCCUUUUAUGAAUGUAUACACAAUGUAUACAUUCAUUUUAAAGUUGAUCUCAUUAUUAACUUCUGUUUCUUAAGAGUAUUUUCUCAUAGUUACCCAUAUAAACUGCCAAUUUCUGUUAAAGAUAAUGAACAGUGGUAUCAUGAGUAAUACAAAUUUUCAUUUUAGUGUGCCUAUUUGCCAAAGUUGUUGUACAAUGACUCACUUUAGGCCUAACCCAGUCACAAGAUUUAGGGGAAUUUACAUGCACUCUUGUUCUGACCUCAGUGUUUGUACUGCUGGUCUCGGUUCGUUAAGUUAACAUGUCUUGUUGUCUAAAUGUAAACUGUACUAAAAAAACAAAGUGAUGAAUCAGUUCUACCACAUGUACAUAGAUGCUUCUACUAAGGAAAAUAAGUAGUUUUGUUAACAUACCAAAGUUUAUAUGUAUGCAUGCCUUUCAAAUACUUUAGGAGAGUGGUGUAAAAGAAGAAUUAUGUUUGCACAGAUAGAUUUUGUAAAUAUUUGAUUUUCUUUAAUUUUUUGUAAAGCUUUAAAUCAUACUACAAAGGAGAAAUGUGGUAAAGACGAAACUGUGUUGGAGUAGCAAAAAUAAAGUCUUGCAUGCUUGUAAA